AUGACAUUGAACAAAACCUAUAAUAAUAAUGGUCUAUCCUAUCCUACAACCAAUGUAACUAAUACUUUUGAUUUUUCCAAUAAUAAUAAUAAUGAUAAAAGUAGAAAAACCAUAUAUCAACUAAUCUACGGUGAAUUGAAAACUAAAAAUGACAAUGAAAGAAAUAGAACUGGUGGGAAAUAUACCCUUGGUAGUAAUGAUCCUGAUAUAAAUAGUGAAACAAUUAAAAUGAUUGAAAAUUUAUGUGAGUUGUUUCCGAUGUCUACUAUUGAUGAAUUACGAGAUCAUCCGACGAAUGUUGAUCAUUCAGAAGAUUUAGUAACAGAAUUGUUUGACAAAGCCACAGCAUUAAUACAGUCUGAAAAGGACAGGGAAAAGGAAAAGGAAAAGGAAAAGAAAAAUAACCAGAAAGAACCACUUCUGCAACAAUCAAAACGAUACAACCAGAAAUAUAUGAAAGUUGGAACGUCUUUAUACCUGGAUGCAGUUUAUGAAUUGCAGGUAAUGUUCCCCUCUAUUGCAAUCAAAUCUGUGGAAAAAAUCUUACAAGAGAAUAAUGGUAAUAUCGAAGAUGCAGCAAUUGCUUUGCUAGAGUUAUCAUCAGGAACAACCACUGCAGCCUCACAGAAACAGAGGGAGAAUGACAAUGAAUGGGUAGAAGAAUCUUCUAUAGUGAUCAAAGUUUGUCGGUUUCUUCAAACAAAUUCUAAUGAUAUUUUUCUUGAUAAGAGUGAUGUUUUGCAUUACACACGAAAAAAUGGAGGUGAUUAUUAUAAAACAUUGUAUGACGUGGUUAUGAAUUGCAAAUCUAUGGUGCUUACAAAACAACAAGAAUCCACUUCUGGUGGUGCCACUAAAACCCACGACAAGUCGAGGAAUAAUCGAAGGGUACAACGAGGAGGAGCUAUGGGUUUGGCUAGUAGUACUAGAAAUAGAAUACUGCAUGGCCAAGAACCUCAAAAUGAAAUUUCAACAACUACACCAACACCAAGUAACUAUCGUUAUGAUGAGAAUUCAAUGGAGGCAAAAGAAUUAUGGAGCUUAAUACCGCUAAAUAAAGACGGCAAGAAUAGUGUUGAACUGAUAUCAAGCCAAAAACUCCCAAUAAAUAAAAAAUUUGCAAUAAAAGCUUUGGAGUUUUUCCAAGGCAAUGUGUAUAAAGUAAUUGAAUUGAUUUCAGAACUAUCGUCUUCACAAAUAUCUUCAAGCAAGCAAUCAAGACACCUUAACGAGAAACAACCAGUUGAUAUCAAAAUUGAAAACUCCAAAUUUGGCAUGCCAAAAGAUUCUUCUAAUAAUACUUUUAUUCCAUCAUCAACACGAGAGUAUCAAACGGAUAGAAUUAUUCUUGAUUCACAUGACGAGCAAUAUCUAUUUGACAGAUAUCUUAAAACAGGAACAGUUGACCUACAUGGGUUUACAGUAGUAGAAGCAAUGGAGUUGGUACCGUUAAUUCUUCAUCAUUGGUGGAAUCAAGAAUUGACCCAUCGUCAGUCAAUUGGUCAAUUAGAGAAAUUUGGGAACCUGGCUUCAUUGGGAUCAGUAUUGAUAAUAACUGGUAGAGGGGUCCAUUCUACUGGCGGAGUUUCAACAGUCAAAGUAUCAGUGAAUCGUUAUUUAACGAAUAAUAAUUAUAUAUUUGAGCAACCAACUAGUGGUAGUUUUGAAGUCACUGGCAAAAGAAUCAAUAAGAAGUGA